UAUCUCCAUUUUAUAGGUGGAGAAGCUGAGACAUCAGUUAUACCACUGGCCCGAGGUUGCACAGCUAGAACGGUGAGGCCACGAUUUGAACUUAGGCCGUCCACAUCUAAAGUCUGUGCUCUAAACCACUCUUCCAGGGGGAGAUAUGAGAAAUGAGUGUUGGACGUCGAAGAAUAAAGUUGUUGGGUAUCCUGAUGAUGGUAAAUGUCUUCAUUUAUUUGAUUGUGGAAGUCUCCAAAAACAGUAACCAAGACAAAAAUGGAAAGGGGGAAGUAAUUAUACCCAAAGAAAAGUUCUGGAAGAUAGCCACCCCUCCCGUGGCAUAUUGGAACCGAGAACAAGAAAAGCUGAACAGGAGGUACAACCCCAUUUUGAGCAUGCUGGCGAACCAGACCGGGGAAGCAGCCGGGUUCUCCAACGUAAGCCAUCUGCAUUAUUGUGAACCUGACCUGAGGGUCACAUCUGUAGUCUCAGGUUUCAGCAAUUUGCCGGACAGGUUUAAAGACUUUCUGCUGUAUUUGAGAUGUCGAAAUUAUUCGCUACUGAUAGAUCAACGGGAUAAGUGUGCAAAGAAACCCUUCUUACUGCUGGCGAUUAAGUCCCUCACUCCACAUUUCGCUAGAAGGCAAGCAAUUCGGGAAUCUUGGGGCAGAGAGACCAGCGUGGGGAACCAAACAGUGGUGCGAGUCUUCUUACUGGGCCAGACCCCCCCGGAGGACAACCACCCCGAUCUGUCAGAUAUGCUGAAAUUUGAGAGUGAGAAGCACCAAGACAUUCUUAUGUGGAACUACAGAGACACCUUCUUCAACUUGUCUCUGAAAGAAGUGCUCUUUCUCAGGUGGGUGAGCACCUCCUGCCCAAAUGCCGAGUUCGUUUUCAAGGGCGAUGACGAUGUUUUUGUGAAUACCCAUCAUAUCCUGAAUUACUUGAAUAGCUUAUCCAAGAACAAAGCCAAAGAUUUGUUUAUCGGUGAUGUGAUCCACAACGCUGGACCUCAUCGGGAUAAGAAACUGAAAUACUACAUCCCAGAAGUUGUUUACACCGGCGUCUACCCGCCUUACGCCGGGGGAGGUGGGUUCCUGUACUCCGGCCGCCUGGCUCUGAGACUGUACAAUGUAACUGACCAGGUCCUUCUGUAUCCCAUUGAUGAUGUUUAUACUGGAAUGUGCCUUCAGAAACUCGGCCUCGUUCCAGAGAAACACAAAGGCUUCAAGACAUUUGAUAUAGAAGAGAAAAAAAGAAAUAACAUUUGUUCCUAUAUAGAUUUGAUGUUAGUACAUAGCAGAAAACCUCAAGAGAUGAUUGAUAUUUGGUCUCGAUUGCAAAAUGCUCAUUUAAAUUGCUAAAAUGUAUACAAACUAAGUUUUGCAUAGAAAGACAUAUCUUGGGUAGUUCCGAGUUGGGUUCUCUCACUAGGGGCAAUUUCUAUGUUAAACCAUCAAAAUUGCCUUCAUAAGUAGUAGCUAUUUGAGGGCCUCUACACCCUUUGAUGUACUUUCUGGAAAAGAAAAGCAGAAGAUCAUAAUGUUUAAAGGAAGCUACAGCAGGAUGAUUGGUUCUGAUUCUUCCUACUGGCUAGUGGUCAUUAUUUUCUAAUUUACCCCCUUCUUGUCUGAAAUCAUGUUUUUGGAAUUUGACUAUAUUUUAAGUUAUUUUUUAUUUGACCUAAUAUUGUAAUAUUCCAACUUUUUGUUAUAAUGAGUGAAUUGUCCACAAUUUAGGUGUUUAAAACCUAUUGGCUACAAAUGAUUUGUUAUAUAUGAUUCAGUGAUUUUUGUGAUGAUAUUUGAAUUACAUUUAUUUUCGUGGAAUUUAGACAAUUUUUUAAAAAUUAUCUAGAAAAAUUGACCUCUGUUGAAAUUUCCUGCCACCCCAACAGUAUUUUCUUGCGUUAAUAUAAUCAGUUAAUUUUGCAAAACAAAGAUCACUGUGUGAUCCAGUUUAUCUUGCUAUGGUCUUAUGGUCAUAGAGAGAUUAUGACAUAGGAACAUAAUAACUGCUCUUGUAUUUGAUUUGCUGGGUGGUAUAAUAGUUCACUAUUUUUAGUAUUUGAAAGUAAUGAGUAUGAUCCCAUAAUGACCAACUAAAGAUUGAAUUGACCCUGGCAGAAAUAUUAUGUUUAUGAUUUUUUUUUUGGUGUGGACCAGGAAAACAUAUGUAACUUUUGAACUUUAAGGGAAAAGAUUGAAGUUAUAGACCUUUUCAUGACUGGUUUGUCAGUUUAAAACUCCAGGAUUCUAUUCUUGCCAUAUUUUCACAUGUUGCUUAGACAAAAUUAUUCUGAGUAGUAAGUGAGUAGCUUCCCUGUCUCAGUGUAGAAGUGCCUGUGUUUUUAUUUAUUGUUCAGAUCAAUGACCAAAAAUUUUCUUAAAUAUAUUUUGUGUAAUAUUUUAUUUGUAUACAGUGUUGUUGAUGAAAUAUUUAACUAGAGCAUGAUAUUUUAAAUGUAAUGUGUAACAUAUGUAAAAUAAAGUUGUUAUUUUUGAAUUUUAAAGUUCAUUUUUUUUUGAGAGAUAUGAAUGCUAGAGUUGAGAAAAUUCUGCCAAACUGUUGCUUGUAUAUACCAUCUUGUAACAAUGCUUUCUUGAAAACAUUUUUUGUGUUUAUAGAGAUGAGGCUUCUUACCAGAUGUGAUACUUGGAACUGUAAGAAGAUAGAAAUAAAGUCAUUGUAUUUUUAAUUGU